CUUUUUUAGAUCUAUCUUCUCCUCUUUUUCUUCACUCUUACCUCUCAUUUCAUACAUCCUAUCAGCACAACUUCAACAACCCGCUUCCCCCUGUAUCACAUUACAAACGAGGGACAUUCCACCCCCUACCCCUACUCACCAUGAGUGCCAUGUACGAAGACCAAUACUAUGCAGCAUCGCGCCGCCGCUCUCUCGCCACCCCUCCUCCAUCUUUGACGCCGCGUCACAGUCGUGCGCGCAGCGACAGCGUCCGAGUCAGCCACGGCACAGCCAGCACCAAUACCAGUGUCUCCAGUGGACGAAUGUCCGAGGCAACAAAUAUCACUCAGCCGCCCUCAUUCUCAAAAAAGUUUGUAGUGGUAGGCGAUGGUGGAUGUGGCAAGACCUGUCUGUUGAUCAGUUAUUCCCAAGGUUACUUCCCAGAGAAAUAUGUCCCCACGGUAUUUGAGAACUAUAUUACCCAAACGACGCAUCAGGCUUCUGGCAAGACCGUUGAAUUAGCACUCUGGGAUACUGCUGGACAAGAGGAAUAUGACCGUUUGCGUCCACUGUCCUAUCCCGAGACUGAUCUUCUGUUUGUCUGCUUUGCUAUCGAUUGCCCCGCAUCAUUGGAGAAUGUUGUUGACAAGUGGUAUCCCGAGGUUCUGCACUUCUGCCCUACUACACCCAUUAUUCUCGUUGGCUUGAAGUCCGACUUGCGCAAUAAGCGAACCUGCAUUGAACUCCUCAAGACACAAGGCCUGACACCCAUCACACCAGAGCAAGGCGAAAACGUCGCCCAACGGAUGGGAGCAACAUACGCCGAAUGCAGUAGCAAGGAGAUGCGCGGUGUGGAUGAGGUCUUUGCCAAGGCUGUUGACUCGGCCAUCUCAAUCGAAGAACAAGGCUGGACAGCCCAGCAACCGGCCGGCCGUAAUAGCCGCAACAAUCGCGCCAGUGCUAUGCCUUCAGGGGGUGGAGGCCCCCGCCCCGGCAAGAAGAUUAAGAAGCGCACUUGCAAGAUUCUGUAGAUUGAUUCUAUUUGAUCUGUGUUUUCUUCCAUUCUCGACACCCUUCGACUUUCCUUUCUCUCUUGGCCGGACCACAAGCCUGGUUGCUUCGUCGGCUUGCUUGCCCGCUCGCCUGUGUAUGUGACAUGUCGCCGCAAGCUGGACAAAGCUAGACAUGACUUUCCAAACCCUUCUUUGUUGUAUCGAUACGCUGCGCGGCCCUUACAAUGAUCUCGAAUGUUUUUAUUUUUUCUGGAGGCUGUUUCUUUAUUUCACGUUUGUUCCCUGCUUGUGUUCUUUCUGGCCUUUUUCACGACCCUUGUCCCCCUUGUUCCAUUUGAUGUCUCUCAUGACUCGGGUCUUUGCCGUUUUCCAUUGGCAUGCAUGGGACUGGUGUUCUCGAUUAUGUUAUUUGAUAUGUUCUGUUGGCGAAAGCGACGUCCUAUGUGUUACUGAA